CACACACACACACACACUUCAUCCCUGAGUGUACUGAUCUACUGUGCAGGCCAUUGUGGCUGUUUACUUCUUCACUGUCGAAAACUCUGGUAUAUUAAAAUGUUACAGCUCACCAACUUGCCACUCACUUCAUACACCUGUGCAGUUGUGUGUAGUUAUGCAAGUGCGCUUGUGCAAUUGUGUGUGUGGGGGGGGUGUUGGUGUUUGUACACAGUUUCUUUAUGGGCAGACAAUGUGAGUAAUGUGUGUCUGUGUGUGUUUGGGUGAGAAUUUAUGUGAGUAUAGAAUUGAUGUGUCCAGUGUCAGUCAAGCUCCCCCAGACCCUUAGACCUCCAAAGGCAGGGAGGCUGACUCUACAGGCGGUGAGGCUGAAGAUGGACUCUCUUCCCAGGGCUCGUAGCUUGGGGCAGCCCUGGAGUGCAGCUGGUUCUCUGUGGGGCUGGGCCGUGUCAAGGCUACACCUGGACUGGACAACAAGGUUCUUUCAGCAGGAUGAAGAGAUGGUGAUUCUGACCCACAGUGACGAGUUGAACCGAACCUAUUGUGAGGACACCAGAUUGCCUUUUGACAACAUCACAAACAAAAACAAGACAAGCGGCGAUGACACCAGAAGAGACAGAACAUCAUUUAGAAGAAACAGCCUGUCUCUGACUGAACAAGAUAAUCCCACUGUGAGGGAGAGACCAGCUCCUAAUCUGACGGGAUCCACCACCACCUUACAGCAGGCGAGUCCAGCUUUCAAAGAAACCAGAGCUACUGUAAUCUCCACUGGGCCCAGUGCCAUCACCAUGACCUCAGCGGUUUCCACUGCAGACUCACCUUGGUUAAAAAAUACAAGGAGUUAUGGCAAAUGGAAAACAUCAUCUAAGAUACAAGCUGACAAGGAUCUGAGUUUUAACCAGAACCAGGGUAACAAGAAAAGAUCCCACGGGUUGGCUGCCCUGCUUAGAGGGAAUGUGCAAAAACAAAGACUUGCUGAAGAUGGAGAGGAGAAAAUGGAAGGAGAGGAAAUUGUGGAGGGGGAUUCUCAGCUCUGUACCAGCCUUGAAGAAGAGAGAACAGGGAUGAGUUUGGCCAGUCCAGUUCAGUGCCCCAGUACCGCCACCACAGGUCUGAAUCCUACUGCCACCAUCACCGCCUGGGAGGCUGGCUGGAAUGUCACAAAUGCUAUACAGGGUAUCUUUGUGUUGGGUUUACCCUUUGCUCUGGUCCAGUCAGGUUAUGUGGGUCUUGUUCUGCUGGUUCUGUCAGCCUGGGUCUGCAACCACACAGGGAGGAUCCUGGUGACCUGUCUAUAUGAAGAGGAUCAAAGCGGAGGGUCGGUGUCAAAGGUCAGAGUCCGACACAGCUACCAGGACAUAGUGAAGGUCUGCUGCAAAGGACUGUGGCCCAACUGUCCUGGACUGGGGGGGUGCAUGGUUAAUGGAGCUCAGAUCAUUGAGCUGUUGAUGACCUGUACCCUGUAUCUGGUUGUCUCCACCAAUCUGUUGUCUGACAGUCUAUCAGGGAUGGCUGUUCCUAGAUCAGUGUGUUCUCUGGCGUCUCUGAUGUUCCUGCUGCCCUGCCUGCUGCUGACUGAUCUCAGACCAGUCUCUACCCUCAGCCUGCUGUGCUCCCUGGCUCACAUACUGAUCAGCCUGUUGGUCAUGCUGUACUGUCUGAGUCGGUCCAGCAGCUGGUCCUGGUCCUCCCUGUCUCUGUCCGUGGACCCGGAGGACUUCCUCGUCUCUGUGGGAGUCAUCAUCUUCUCCUACACCUCGCAGAUCUUCCUCCCUCCUCUAGAGGGCAGUAUGGAGGACAGAGGGCAGUUUAAUGCCAUGCUGGCGUGGACUCAUGGUGCCGCCUGCAUCAUAAAAACCCUGUUUUCUUUACUGGCCGUGUUGACAUGGGGGGCAGAGACCAGUGAGGUCAUCACAGACAACCUGCCCUCUGACCUUCGACCUCUCGUCAACCUGUGCCUGCUGGCUAAAGCCCUGCUGUCCUACCCUCUGCCAUUCUACUCUGCUGCUGAAAUACUACAGACCUGUCUGCUUGGAGAUGCUGUUAUCUCAUCGUACUCCAAACACGGAGGUCAAGGUGUGCCUCGUCCGGCCCUGAUGGUCCGCGGCGCCUUGUUGAUGACAUCAUACCUACUGGCCCUGCUAGUCCCCAGGUUCUCUCUGUUGAUGGGUUUGACAGGCAGUGUUACCGGGGCGGCCAUGACACUCAUAUUGCCGUGCCUGUUUCACCUCAGACUGCAGUGGAGCCGCCUCACUGUGAGGGAGCGGCUGAUAGAUGUGUGUAUACUGAGUCUAGGGGUCAUCUGUAGUGUGUCUGGGGUGGUUUGCUCAGUGACAAGACUGGUGGAAGGACUCUAGGAGGGGUGGAUGAUGAAUUAAUGGAUGGAUGGAUGGAUGGUAAGGUAAGGUAGAUGUGUGGACACGUUAAGCAGGUCAUUCUGAAGAAAAGGACAGUUGCAAUCUCUCCUUUGUAAUAUUUUCUGCAUUAGAAUACUAUGUAAGUGCAUGAUUGGUCCUUCAAGCAGCAACAAUUUUAUAUUUACAAUGGAUCAAAUGGCUGACUGUAAUGUCAAAGGGGUCACUCAUAGUGACAAAUCCACAGAGAAUUAUCACCAACUCUGCACUUCCCCUCAGCUCUGCAUUUUAUCAUCUUUCAGCUCAUAGCUUUGGUUUUCCGGUCCACAACUUUACUGUUUUAAUUCUCUCACCAUUCUCAUCAGGAUUGUUUUUGGCCCCAGCAUGCAGCAGUUUUCAGCAGAAAAAAAAAAUAAUCCACUGUACACUACUUGCCCAACACCAAACAGCAAGACAGACAAAGUUAGCAAAGCGAAGCCCUUUAGAGGUCUGAGCACACAGGUGUCAUUUACACUUGGGACGCUGGGAACAUGUCCCCACCAUUUUUUGAAAUUGUUGAUUUUGUCCCCUCCACUUUUUGAAAGCAU